AUGAUCAUUUACUAUGCAUACAAACCUAAUGAUGAUCUCGCUGGAGAAAAAUUAAAAUCCUACCUAAUACAAGAUCAUCUUCCGAAUGAGCAUAUUAUUCAAGGAAUAGCCUAUGGAGUCCCAACACCAAAAAUUAGACUUUUAUUUAAUUCGGGAAGAGUUUGGAAAUCUUCAGAGGAUCGUCCAGCAGGUUUUGAACAAGAACUCUCUGGUGAAUUUAUUAAACAAUUUGGAGUUGAUCAGGGGUUACUGGUAACAUUUAUUGAUAGCUAUACAUCUUGUAGUAUUUAUUUGGUGAAGGAUUUGAAAAGAGGUGGCAAGACAUUGCUCUAUGGAGAGGGUACAAACGAUUAUGAUUGUUUGGGGAAUAGUAAUGGAGUGGAUGUCAGAAUGAUUUUUGAGCCAAAAGAUGAAGAGAAAAUUACUCAUAUUGCAUGUUGCUUUUCAUUUUCUUGUUGUGUGAUAAAUAGGAGAAAUAUUAGAAUCAGUGGACAGAAUUGGCUCUCUUCAAAUGCCACCAUUACGCGUUUAGAUUGGAAUACUUCUCAAUUCAUAUCAGAUGAGGAUAUAGUUGAUAUCAAGGGAGAAAUUUUCACAUUGUUGCCUAUUUGA